UGCUAGUAUAAAUACCUGCCUCUGCACUUCUCUCCAAUUCCUCUCCCACUGAAAAACGUGGCAUUUUUUAGAGAGAGAAAAUUUCCCAUUUUUCAUCCCAGAAAUUGAUUUGAAUUAACGAUUCGACUCAGUGAGUCGUUUUUAGCGAUUUCCAGCGAGUAUGCCUGGUGGUGGAAUGGCGGCGAGCCUUGAAGAUAUUAAAAAUGAGGAUGUUGAUCUGGAGAAAAUUCCUAUAGAGGAGGUGUUUGAGAGUUUGAGAUGCUCAAGAGAAGGUCUGACUUCAGACGAUGCAACCAACCGUCUUCAAAUUUUUGGACAUAACAAGCUAGAAGAAAAAAAGGAGAGCAAACUCUUGAAGUUUCUUGGCUUUAUGUGGAAUCCAUUGUCAUGGGUUAUGGAGGCAGCUGCUUUAAUGGCUAUUGUAUUGGCAAAUGGUGAUAAUAAGCCUCCAGAUUGGCAGGAUUUUGUGGGUAUCAUGGUGCUUCUGGUGAUCAACUCUACUAUUAGUUUCAUAGAAGAAAACAAUGCUGGUAAUGCAGCAGCAGCGCUUAUGGCUAACCUUGCUCCUAAAACCAAAGUUCUUCGAGAUGGGCGAUGGGGUGAAAUGGAGGCAUCAAUUCUAGUCCCAGGAGACAUAAUUAGCAUCAAGUUAGGAGACAUAGUCCCUGCUGAUGCUCGUCUUCUUGAGGGUGAUCCUCUGAAGAUUGAUCAAUCUGCUCUCACUGGAGAAUCUCUUCCUGUCACUAGGAAUCCUGGAGACGAGGUCUUCUCUGGUUCAACCUGUAAACAAGGUGAAUUAGAGGCAGUUGUCAUAGCUACUGGUGUUCAUACCUUCUUUGGCAAGGCUGCACACCUUGUUGACAGCACUAACCAGGUUGGGCACUUCCAAUCGGUGCUUACAGCAAUUGGUAACUUCUGUAUUUGUUCAAUUGCUGUGGGAAUGUUGAUUGAGAUCAUUGUCAUGUACCCAAUUCAGCAUCGUAAGUACAGGGAUGGAAUUGAUAAUUUAUUGGUUCUAUUGAUUGGUGGGAUACCAAUUGCUAUGCCAACUGUCUUGUCUGUGACAAUGGCUAUUGGCUCGCACAAACUAUCUGAGCAGGGUGCCAUCACCAAGAGAAUGACAGCCAUUGAGGAAAUGGCUGGCAUGGAUGUACUCUGUAGUGAUAAGACAGGAACUCUGACAUUGAAUAAGCUCACUGUGGACAAAAAUCUUAUUGAAGUCUUUGCGAAGGGAGUGGAGAAAGAGUAUGUAUUACUGCUCGCAGCUAGGGCCUCAAGGACUGAAAAUCAGGACGCGAUUGAUGCUGCCAUGGUAGGGAUGCUAGCAGAUCCAAAGGAGGCACGGGCUGGAAUACGGGAGGUCCAUUUUUUCCCAUUUAACCCCGUGGAUAAGAGGACUGCUUUGACUUACAUUGAUGCUAACGGUAACUGGCAUCGAGCAAGCAAAGGUGCCCCUGAGCAGAUCAUCGAUCUUUGUCGCUGUAAGGAGGACGUCAAAAAAAAGGUUCAUAAAGUUAUUGAGAGUUAUGCUGAACGUGGGCUCAGAUCUCUAGCUGUUGCAAGACAGGAAGUACCAGAAAAAACAAAAGAGAGUCCAGGAGGUCCAUGGCAGUUUGUUGGUUUAUUGCCCUUAUUUGACCCUCCCCGACAUGACAGUACUGAUACAAUCAGUAAAGCCCUGAAUCUUGGUGUCAACGUAAAGAUGAUAACAGGUGAUCAGCUUGCUAUUGCCAAGGAGACUGGUCGACGACUUGGAAUGGGGACCAAUAUGUACCCCUCGUCUUCAUUGCUUGGACAAGAUAAGAGCUCAAAUGUUGCAGGUCUCCCUGUGGAUGAGUUGAUUGAGAAAGCUGAUGGAUUUGCUGGGGUGUUUCCUGAGCACAAGUAUGAAAUUGUCAAGAGGUUGCAAGAAAGGAAACAUAUUUGUGGCAUGACUGGUGAUGGUGUCAAUGAUGCUCCUGCUCUGAAAAAGGCAGAUAUUGGAAUCGCAGUUGAUGAUGCUACCGAUGCUGCAAGAAGUGCCUCUGAUAUUGUCCUAACAGAACCUGGAUUAAGUGUUAUUAUCAGUGCGGUGCUUACCAGCAGGGCUAUCUUUCAGAGGAUGAAGAAUUACACGAUCUAUGCAGUGUCAAUCACAAUCCGUGUUGUGUUUGGCUUUAUGUUCAUUGCAUUGAUUUGGAAAUUCGACUUUUCACCAUUUAUGGUUCUGAUCAUCGCAAUUCUAAAUGAUGGAACAAUUAUGACAAUUUCAAAAGACAGAGUAAAGCCAUCCCCCCUCCCAGACAGCUGGAAGCUGAAUGAGAUUUUCGCCACUGGUGUUGUUUUGGGAGGUUACCAAGCGCUAAUGACAGUAAUAUUCUUCUGGCUCAUGUCAGACACUACCUUCUUCACGGACAAAUUCCAUGUAAAGCCAUUGACUCACGAUCAGAUGAUGGCGGCCUUAUAUCUGCAAGUGAGUGUUAUUAGCCAGGCCCUCAUUUUUGUCACACGGUCUCGAAGCUGGUCCUUUGUUGAACGCCCAGGGUUGCUGUUGCUCGGUGCUUUCUUGAUUGCUCAGCUGAUUGCUACUGCCAUAGCCGUCUAUGCCAAUUUCCGCUUUGCAAAGAUAGAAGCUAUGGGAUGGGGAUGGGCUGGUGUUGUAUGGAUUUACAGCCUGGUCACUUAUUUGCCACUUGAUGUUCUGAAAUUUCUCAUUCGCUAUGCGCUGAGUGGAAGGGCUUGGAACAAUCUUCUGGAAAAUAAGACUGCUUUUACCACAAAGAAGGACUACGGAAAAGAAGAGAGAGAAGCACAGUGGGCGACUGCACAAAGAACCCUGCAUGGCCUCCAACCUCCUCCAGAAUCCACCACCUUAUUCAAUGAGAAGAGCAAUUACAGAGAACUCUCUGAGAUAGCCGAGCAAGCGAAAAGGAGGGCUGAAGUUGCAAGGCUGAGGGAGUUGCACACGCUGAAAGGCCAUGUGGAGUCUGUAGUGAAACUGAAGGGAUUAGAUAUCGAAAACAUGCAGCAACAUUACACUGUGUAGAUCAGAAGACCACAACAGGAGGGAAGAGAGGAGCGUGCAGUUUGUUGGAAGACUGCACUGAUGCAGAAGAUAAAUAGGUAGAAUUAUGCGUCCUUAUAAUCCAAGGGCACUUGAAUUUUCUUAGCAGUUUACGAGUCUGUUUUUACAGACCUAGUUUAGAUUUGUCUUCCACUCCUUUAAGAACAACUCAAAUUUCAAGGCUGAUUGCAUAAGAAAAGCAGCAAUGGAUUCUGCUUUUUCUGUGCUUUCUUUGCCUCAUUGGAAAUUUUGUACACACGUGAAAUAAGCAAAUUUUUGUACCUUUGAUGAUGACGAUGAUGACAAUCAGUUUACACGUCCUGAUUUAAUGCCACUCUUUUCUUCCCGUAUCAA